AGUCACGCGCGUUGCAAAACAAAAGUGUUUCAAAAACGCGCGAACACAAGAGAGGCUGCUUGAUGCAUGCCACCUGGAACUAUCGUAGUACCGUGAGGAGGUAUGGUAGGUACGAAACCACGGCGAUCGAAUGUUGUACCAUCGUUGUCGUCAUCCUACCGCAUGCCAUCUUCAAUCACGUUCGCGUUCGAUGUUCGCGUUCACAUCAACAUCAUGCAUCAUCUAUCAUCAACUCAUCUCGAAAGAAGAUAUAUUCCUCUUACCGCAAUAUACCACUGGUACAAUCGGAGUACUGACAGAGCCGAAGCCCAAUCUUUCGGCAAGCCUCCGCGAAGAAAUAACCGAGAAACAAUGGAACCGACGGCAUCCGACAGUUUCUCUGCUAGAAGCUUCAAGAUGUCCUUCUGCUGGACAGUAGCUUUGGUGCUGCUGGGAACCGAGAGUUCCGUUGCCAAUGCCUUUGCUAUGGUAGCUGGAACCGGAUCUCUUUCGACUCCUAUUGAGGCACACGGAACCAGAGCGAGUCACUUGUGGGCGGACAAAAUCGAAAGGGACUCCAUAAUACAGGAAGAACUCGAGCCGCAGGCAAACCUGCCCGCCCGCCGCGAGUUCCUGCAGCAGACGGUGCUGGCCGCUUCUGCGACGGGGCUGCUGGGGGUAUCUUCCUCUAGCCCCGCCUUCGCCGAAAGCACCGCCACCGACGUCGACGGAUUCACGGUUGUCAAGACAGACUCGGGCCUCAAGUACAUCGACCUGGAGGAGGGCGCGACGACGGUUGGAGGAAGGCCGGGGGCCACCCCGAAGUACGGGCAGCUCUGCGUCAUCUCGUACACGGGGUACAUGCAGCUCCCGAAGGACAACAAGAAGACCAAGUUCGCCUCCCAGUCGGGCUUUGUCCUCAAGCACGGAAACGGAAAGCUGAUCCCGGGCCUGGACGAGGGCCUCCACACGAUGCGGCGCGGCGGAAAACGCCGGCUCAUCAUCCCCCCCAAGCUGGGGUUCGUAACGGGCGGCCUGGGGCCGGUCCCGGAGAUGCCCUGGGAGCGCCGGACGCUCAACGACCAGCUGGCGAAGAUGGUCGAGCAGAGGGGGGGGAACCUCGUCUACGACGUGACGCUGGAACGCUUUUUCGACGACGAGGCCGACCAGGGAUACUACGAGGACGACGAGAUCUCCCCGGAGGAGUUCGCCGAGCUCAACCGGCGCCUCAACCGGAAGCAAUCCCUGGACGCCGUGGGGAACGACAUCGAAAUCGAGGACCGGGACCGGGCCAAACCAAUCGUUUGAGUUCGGUGUGUGAUCGGUGCGGAGAAGCGGUGUAAAACCCCGUAGGACCACAACAAACGCAUGCCAACCGU